AGCUUAAUUUAUAUAUAUGGUUUAUGUAGGUCACAUCGGCUUUGAUAUUCCAUGAAGUAUUUUAAGUUUUUUUAUGAUUGCGUUGCAGAAACCCAAUACAAAAACAAAAUAAUAUUUUAUUUUCUUACAGCCGAUACAAUGGUUUUAAUAAUUAUAAAUAUACGCAUGGCAUCAUCUUUAGCAACAAACGGACAUCUAUCGGGAAAUACAGCUUAUCAAUUGAGUUGAACCUUCUUCCCAUAUUUCAUCAAUUUUGUGUUUUUCUCGUGAUUUUCGUCAGCGUGCUUCAAAGAACGUUGUAUUAAUUUAUAUAUUUUCCAAUUACUACUUAAAUCAUAAUGUCUGCAAAAAAAGUACGUCCACGCCUUUCAAAAGGUAUCUUAGAGAUGAAGUUCAUGCAACGUACUAAAGCGAAAGUGGAUAAAGAGAUCGAAGAAGCAGAAGGCCGCGAAAUGUAUUCUCAAGAAAUUACGCAAAAAAUGUUGAAUAGCAAUUCAAACUAUAUUAUGGAGCCGAGUUUUGUGCACUGCGAAAAUCUUAUUGAGGGGCGACUUAGUUUUCGAGGCAUGAAUCCGGAAAUUGAACGUCUUUUAGAGUUAGAACAAGCGGAGCGGGUGGCCAAUACACGGCAUGAGCAACCCACUGAGGUGUCUGACAAGGAUAUGACCUCCUUUUAUAAUGCACAGCAAGUGACAAUGCAAAAGAAAUUCCAAACAAAAGCUCAAUUCAAAGCAAAGCGCAACCACGUUGAGAAAACAACAUGGCAAGGUAAAAAGGCGAGGUUUCAUAAGCCGCAAGAGGACGAUGUUUAAGAUAACAAUAAAUUGAAAACAAUUUAAACAUAUGUAAAUUUAUAUACCAUACACAUGUAAAAAUUCGUAACAUGAAUAAAAAAAAAACUCUAAACAUUAAAAAACGU